UGGGCUCCCAGGGCCCGGGCGGGGGUCCCGGGCCGCGCUGAGGGGCGCGGGUCGGCUCUCCUUAGCCCGGCCUGGCGGGCGCGGCUUGGGCCUGGGUUCGAGUUCCCGCGCCGGCGCGCUGUGUGACCUUGGCCCUGCGCGCGCCGUCUCUGAGCCCCGCUCGUCGUCCUCGGCCAGGGGGACCCAGCCCUGGGGCCCUGAUCAGCGGGUUCUGCGGCUCCUCGGGGUCUGGACGAGAAAUCUGUGGUUCUGAUUCAGCGACAGCAGAGGCUGCAGCGGCCCCGCCGGCCCCCAGGAGUCCCCCUGCCCGGCAUCAGCCUCUGCCGCCCGGCAGGGGUAGGACCAAUUCCCGGGCUUGGAGUUCCAGGAUCCCCAGCUCCCGAGGGCUCCCCUGUGCCUGCUGUCACCUGAACGGGGCUCCCCGGCCCCGCCGACCGCAGCCCUGGAGCCUGCAGACGCCAGCAGCACCGGCAGGUUCCCAGCAGGAUGCCCCGGCUCUGCAGGAAGCUGAAGUGAGAGGCCCGGAGAGGGCCCAGCCCACCCGGGGCAGGAUGACCAAGGCCCGGCUGUUCCGGCUGUGGCUGGUGCUGGGGUCGGUGUUCAUGAUCCUGCUGAUCAUCGUGUACUGGGACAGCGCAGGCGCCGCGCACUUCUACUUGCACACGUCCUUCUCUAGGCCGCACACGGGGCCGCCGCUGCCCACGCCCGGGCCGGACAGGGACAGGGAGCUCACGGCCGACUCCGAUGUCGACGAGUUUCUGGACAAGUUUCUCAGUGCUGGCGUGAAGCAGAGCGACCUUCCCAGAAAGGAGACGGAGCAGCCGCCUGCGCCGGGGAGCAUGGAGGAGAGCGUGAGAGGCUACGACUGGUCCCCGCGGGACGCCCGGCGCAGCCCCGACCAAGGCCGGCAGCAGGCGGAGCGGAGGAGCGUGCUGCGGGGCUUCUGCGCCAACUCCAGCCUGGCCUUCCCCACCAAGGAGCGCGCAUUCGACGACAUCCCCAACUCGGAGCUGAGCCACCUGAUCGUGGACGACCGGCACGGGGCCAUCUACUGCUACGUGCCCAAGGUGGCCUGCACCAACUGGAAGCGCGUGAUGAUCGUGCUGAGCGGAAGCCUGCUGCACCGCGGUGCGCCCUACCGCGACCCGCUGCGCAUCCCGCGCGAGCACGUGCACAACGCCAGCGCGCACCUGACCUUCAACAAGUUCUGGCGCCGCUACGGGAAGCUCUCCCGCCACCUCAUGAAGGUCAAGCUCAAGAAGUACACCAAGUUCCUCUUCGUGCGCGACCCCUUCGUGCGCCUGAUCUCCGCCUUCCGCAGCAAGUUCGAGCUGGAGAACGAGGAGUUCUACCGCAAGUUCGCCGUGCCCAUGCUGCGUCUGUACGCCAACCACACCAGCCUGCCCGCCUCGGCGCGCGAGGCCUUCCGCGCUGGCCUCAAGGUGUCCUUCGCCAACUUCAUCCAGUACCUGCUGGACCCGCACACGGAGAAGCUGGCGCCCUUCAACGAGCACUGGCGGCAGGUGUACCGCCUCUGCCACCCGUGCCAGAUCGACUACGACUUCGUGGGGAAGCUGGAGACUCUGGACGAGGACGCCGCGCAGCUGCUGCAGCUGCUCCAGGUGGACCGGCAGCUCCGCUUCCCCCCGAGCUACCGGAACAGGACCGCCAGCAGCUGGGAGGAGGACUGGUUCGCCAAGAUCCCCCUGGCCUGGAGGCAGCAGCUGUACAAACUCUACGAGGCCGACUUUGUUCUCUUUGGCUACCCCAAGCCCGAAAACCUCCUCCGAGACUGAAAGCUUUCGCGUUGCUUUUCCUCGCGUGCCUGGAACCUGCCGCACGCGCACUCCAGUUUUUUUAUGACCUACGAUUUUGCAAUCUGGGCUUCUUGUUUACUCCACUGCCUCUAUCCAUUGAGUACUGUAUCGAUAUUGUUUUUUAAGAUUAAUAUAUUUCAGAUAUUUAAUACGAAA